AUGAUCACCAACACGCGGGGCUUCCUGUGGUCCGACCUGGAGACGCGGGCGCUGCUGGAGAUCUGGGGCGAGGCCGACGUGCAGUCGGCGCUGGACGGGAACUUUCGGAACAGCCAUGUGUACCGGGACGUGGCCUGCCGCCUGGCCGAGCUGGGCUUCGAGCGCACCCCGGAGCAGUGCCGCAUCCGCAUCAAGGGCCUCAAGCGCCAGUACUACCAGGCCCGGGACGGGCUGAAGAAGAACGGGCACGCCCGCAAGAUCUGCAAGUACUACGACGAGAUGGACCGGAUCCUCAGCUGCCGCGGCGGGCCGGACAGCGCGCCCGAACUGCUGGCUCAGCCCGCCGACAGCGCCCAGCCCGCCGCCGGGCCGCCCACGCCGGGCACCCCCCACAACAGCCGCGAGCCCGACACCGAGCUCGACGAGGACGCCGAGCUCGAGUCCCCCCACGACCACUUCACCGAGGACUCGGGCGAGUGCUCGUCCUACGCCGAGCACCCCAUCAAGGUGGAGUGCCCCCCGUUCGCCAUCCCCGUGCCGCCCGCCGAGGGCUUUAAACAAAUCAAUGCUCAAACCAGUACACAACCACUCUCUCAACCCAAAAGAUCAAAAAAACGUCAUGCAAAUUUAACACUGGAUAAAAUGAUGGAAAAAUUCCUACAACAAAGUGUGGAUACAGAAGAGAAAUUUUACAAAUAUGAAGAGCAGCGGCUUAAAAUUGAGGACAAGCGCCGUGAAGCUGAGCAUGCUCGAGAACUCCAGAUGUUACAAAUGUUGGGACAGAUGUUGGCAGGAAUUUCUUCUACAGUAUCACAAAGGUCACAGUCUAUGCCAACUAGUCCUCCUCAGAGAACAAAUCACCGAUCAUAUGGCGAUAACUUUAAUUAUAAUGCUAUGACAGCAGCACUUUCUCCACCAAUAGUUAUCGAGAGAGCCUUUUCACUACACAAAACACAUUCUAUAAAGGAUAUGGAGAAUAUUUUUCAAUUGGUGCGCAAUGUUAUUCCUCCUCUAACAGCAAAGAAGCAUAAAGGUCAAGAUGGACGGAUAGGCAUCGUGGGAGGAUGUCAAGAGUACACUGGGGCACCAUAUUUUGCUGCAAUUUCAGCUCUAAAAGUGGGUGCAGACUUAUCCCACGUAUUUUGUACCAAAGAUGCAGCAGCUGUAAUAAAGUCAUAUAGUCCAGAACUGAUUGUUCAUCCAGUGCUUGACAGUCCUAAUGCUGUUCAUGAAGUGGAAAAGUGGUUGCCGCGACUGCAUUCAGUUGUCAUAGGACCUGGUUUAGGUAGAGAUGACGUACUACUUGAGAAUGCUAAGGGUAUUAUAGAAAAAGCCAAGGUCAAAGGAAUUCCGAUUGUCAUUGAUGCUGAUGGAUUGUGGCUCAUUUCCCAACAGCCCUCUCUUAUUCAAGGUUACCAGCGAGCGAUUCUUACUCCAAACUAUAUGGAGUUUAGCAGACUUUAUGAAGCUAUGCUUAGAGAUCCUGUGGAUAGCAAUGAUCACCAUGGAUGUGUGUUACGGCUCAGUCAAGCCAUGGGGAAUUUGACAAUUGUUCAGAAAGGAGAAAGAGAUCUUAUUUCAGAUGGAGAAAAAGUACUUGUAUGCAGUCAUGAAGGAAGCAGCCGAAGAUGUGGUGGACAAGGGGACCUUCUUUCAGGUUCUCUUGGAGUCUUGGCACACUGGGCAUUUCUUGCUGGACCAGAAAAAACUAAUGGUCAAAAUCCUUUUCUAGUGGCAGCAUUUGGUGCUUGUUCUCUUACAAGGCAAUGUAACAACCAAGCCUUUCAAAAAUGUGGACGUUCAAUGACUACAUCUGAUAUGGUUUCAGAAGUUGGAACAGCUUUUAACAAACUUUUUGAAACCUGAAGCCAAAGCAGCAGAGUGGAAGGAAAGGAAGAACAAUGGCUACAACAGUAAUUACAUUUACAGUAGAAUAUACAUAAGUAAUGCACCCUUUCAAGUGCUGUAGCAGCAUUGGUAUGCUAGGUAGUUUUUUUUUUUUUUAAGAAUAGAAAAAAUGAUUAAUGUAGAUAGUUUUUUAAGAGUUUGGAAUACAAAAAAUGUUUUGGCUGAAAUAUGCUGUAGUUGCAGAUCUGUUAUAUAAUAUAAUAAAACUAAAGUGAAAGUAUUCCUCUGUUCUUUUCAUAGUUAUUGAGCAAUAACUAAAGUGUGUGUGAACUGCAAAAAUGCACUUGAUACUUAAGAAGAAAGUAAAAUUCUUCCACCAGCUGAACUGAAUUUCUUGGCUUGCACCAAGGUUGUCAUGAUUUUGUUAUUAGACUCUGUAUCUAGAAUUAGCUACUGCACUUCAUUUUUCUCCACAUUAAUAUUUUUUCCCCUUUUUAAAGAUGCCUCUUUGGAAAGGGAAAGCUUGGGAGUUGCUUUCAAUUUUGAAUGUAAUUGGUUGCCUUUGCCCAUUCUUAGACACUGAGGCAGCAAUAUCUGAUU